GCAUGUUGCAGGCAGCUCACCCGACUCCUUAGAUAACUCUGAGGUCGGUAGGGUCCUGAGCGUCGGGGAAGCAGAAAAGCAAAUCCCGGGAAGACAAGCGUGGAUUCAGAAGAAUUACACAUUGAAACCUACUGGGGACUUUUUUUUUGGUGCUGGUUACGCGGCCCGGUCCAACUUCAGGCAGCGUGAAGGCCCAUCAGGCAGCGCCGCGGGCACCCCGCAGCCGGGGCCUGGUGCAGCCGCCGCGGCCGCUGUCAGGGAAGCGCAGGCGGCCAAUGGAACCCGGGAGCGGCCGCUGCUGCUGAGGCGGCGGUGUCGGCAGUCCGACCCCUACCGCCUGCACCCCUCCGCGGGAGCCCCCCGGAGUUUGGAAGCUCAAAGUCUGGCUGUAGCCAUGGGAGACACAGUAGUGGAGCCUGCCCCCCUGAAGCCAACUUCCGAAUCUGCUCCUAGCCCACCAGGGAAUAAUGGGGGCUCCUUGCUAAGUGUCAUCACCGAGGGGGCCGGAGAACUAUCAGUGAUUGACCCUGAGGUGGCCCAGAAGGCCUGCCAGGAAGUGCUGGAGAAAGUCAAGCUUUUGCAUGGAGGUGUGGCCAUCUCCAGCAGAGGCACUCAGCUCGAAUUGGUCAAUGGGGAUAGUGUGGACAGUGAGAUCCGUUGCCUGGAUGAUCCACCUGCCCAGAUCAGGGAGGAGGAAGAUGAGAUGGGGGUCACUGUGGCCUCAGGCACAGCCAAAGGAACAAGAAGGCGGCGGCAGAACAACUCAGCCAAACAGUCGUGGCUACUGAGGCUAUUUGAAUCAAAACUAUUUGACAUCUCUAUGGCCAUUUCAUACUUGUAUAACUCCAAGGAACCUGGAGUACAAGCCUACAUUGGCAACCGGCUGUUCUACUUUCGCAACGAGGAUGUGGACUUCUAUCUUCCCCAGUUGCUUAACAUGUACAUCCACAUGGAUGAGGAUGUGGGUGAUGCCAUUAAGCCCUACAUUGUCCACCGCUGCCGCCAGAGCAUUAACUUUUCCCUCCAGUGUGCCCUGUUGCUCGGGGCCUACUCUUCAGACAUGCACAUUUCCACUCAGCGACACUCCCGUGGGACCAAGUUACGGAAGCUGAUCCUCUCGGAUGAGCUAAAGCCAGCUCACCGAAAGAGGGAGUUGCCUUCCCUGAGCCCAGCCCCGGACACAGGGCUGUCUCCUUCCAAAAGGACUCACCAGCGCUCUAAGUCAGAUGCCACCGCCAGUAUAAGUCUCAGCAGCAACCUGAAAAGGACAGCCAGCAACCCUAAAGUGGAGAAUGAGGAUGAGGAGCUCUCCUCCAGCACCGAGAGUAUUGAUAAUUCAUUCAGUUCCCCUGUCCGACUGGCCCCUGAGCGAGAAUUCAUCAAGUCCCUGAUGGCAAUUGGCAAGCGGCUGGCCACCCUCCCCACCAAAGAGCAGAAAACACAGCGGCUGAUCUCAGAGCUCUCCCUACUCAACCAUAAGCUCCCUGCCCGCGUCUGGCUACCCACUGCUGGCUUUGACCACCACGUGGUCCGUGUGCCCCACACACAGGCUGUUGUCCUCAACUCCAAGGACAAGGCUCCCUACCUGAUCUACGUGGAAGUCCUAGAAUGUGAAAACUUUGACACCACCAGCGUCCCUGCCCGGAUCCCUGAGAACCGAAUCCGGAGCACUCGGUCUGUGGAGAAUCUGCCCGAAUGUGGUAUCACCCACGAGCAGCGGGCUGGCAGCUUCAGCACCGUGCCCAACUAUGACAAUGACGACGAAGCCUGGUCGGUGGACGAUAUAGGCGAGCUGCAGGUGGAGCUCCCUGAAGUGCACACCAACAGCUGUGACAACAUCUCCCAGUUCUCCGUGGACAGCAUCACCAGCCAGGAGAGCAAGGAACCUGUGUUCAUUGCAGCAGGGGACAUCCGACGGCGCCUCUCAGAGCAGCUGGCCCACACCCCGACAGCCUUCAGGCGAGACCCGGAAGACCCUUCUGCAGUUGCUCUCAAAGAGCCCUGGCAGGAAAAAGUGCGGCGGAUCAGAGAAGCCUCCCCCUAUGGCCAUCUCCCCAACUGGCGGCUCCUGUCAGUCAUUGUCAAGUGUGGUGAUGACCUUCGGCAGGAGCUGCUGGCCUUCCAGGUGUUGAAGCAACUGCAGUCCAUUUGGGAACAAGAGCGAGUGCCCCUCUGGAUCAAGCCAUACAAGAUUCUUGUGAUCUCGGCUGACAGUGGCAUGAUUGAACCAGUGGUCAAUGCCGUAUCCAUCCAUCAGGUGAAGAAACAGUCUCAGCUGUCCUUGCUUGAUUACUUCCUCCAGGAACAUGGCAGCUACACCACGGAGGCAUUCCUCAGUGCCCAGCGCAAUUUUGUGCAAAGUUGCGCUGGCUACUGCUUGGUCUGCUACCUGUUGCAAGUCAAGGACAGACACAAUGGGAACAUCCUUUUGGAUGCAGAAGGCCACAUCAUCCACAUCGACUUUGGUUUCAUCCUGUCCAGCUCACCCCGAAACCUGGGCUUUGAGACGUCCGCCUUUAAGCUGACCACAGAGUUUGUAGAUGUGAUGGGUGGCCUGGACGGUGACAUGUUCAACUACUACAAGAUGCUGAUGCUGCAGGGGCUGAUUGCCGCGCGGAAGCACAUGGACAAGGUGGUGCAGAUCGUGGAGAUCAUGCAGCAAGGUUCGCAGCUCCCUUGCUUCCACGGCUCCAGCACCAUUCGCAACCUCAAGGAGAGGUUCCACAUGAGCAUGACGGAGGAGCAGCUCCAGCUUCUGGUGGAGCAGAUGGUGGACGGCAGCAUGCGGUCCAUCACCACCAAACUCUACGAUGGCUUCCAGUACCUUACCAACGGCAUCAUGUGACCCCACCUCCUGAGCCCAGGCACAGUGGGGGACUCAGGCCCUUGUCUGAGAAAUCCCAAACCAGGAAACCCCACCCACCCACCCAUCCACCCGUGGGAAAUGGAAGGCAAGAAAUACAAAGGAUCAUGUAACCGCGAGAGCUGGCCAAGGGGCAGAGCACCAGCCAUAGGGUCCAGAAUUGUGGGGCUCCCUGGCCCUGCUGUUACCAGCUGACAGACCCCAAGACUCACUGCCCUCCAAAGAAUUGAGGUGAUGAAUGUGGGGGCUCAGAGCCUCCCCCCUCACUGGGCUCUGACAGGGUCUUUCCACAGGCUCUGCCCUCAUCUGUUCUGGGUCCCAGGAAGGGGGUUGAGUAGUACUUAGGACUCUAUCCUGUGGUUAACUUUGGCCAUGCUGCUGCCCAGCUCCAUCUCCCUCCCUGGGACUGAACCCAAACCCAGGUCCUUUUGCUAAUGGGCUGGACCAUCGGAUCCUGCACUCACUGCGUUCCCCAUCAUCUGGGCAAGGAAGGAAAUGACAGUCCCUCCAGCGUACUGGUGGUAUUGGCCUAGCCAUGAGGAAUACUUACCUGGUCCCAUCCUCACACCCAGGGACUAGCUCUCAAUUUUUUAAUUUUUGUUUGAAAUAAAGUCCUUAGUUAGC